UUUUUUUGUGAAAUUCUUUGGACAGUGGAGCUAAUGAAGUUUGUAAGCUGAGUUUGUAAUGUGGUAGUUUUUGUUGUGAAAUGGUAGGGGUGUGUUUACGGUUUGCCAGAGGUUGGAAGUGACGUUUGAGUAUGUCGCAUGAUGAAAAUGUUUCAGCAUCUGUUGUCGAGAGGCACAUUGUAGAUGAUGAUGGAAUUAACAAGCUUACAGUGGGACUGUUGUCUUUGUACGAAUCGGAUCUUGUGAAAGCGAAAGGGCAACUCGAUGAGUUAACAAAAAAACAGAUGUCCGUUAUCACUCAACUGCAGGACGAAAAUGAAAAGCUAAAUAAAAUGCAGUGCACGAACGAUCUGCAAGAAAUGUGCACCAUGGUGAAACAGUAUCAUACAAAGCUUACUACGAUUAAAAAGGAUAUGUCGCAAUUACAUGAAAGGAGCUUGAAACUUAAAAAAAGAGCCAUGAAGCUUCAGCAGAUAAAACAGAAGGAAGCCUUGCAACGCCAGCAUCAGCGAGAACUACAAAUACAGCGAGAACAAGAGUUAAUUGCAAAGCCACUUGCUGCACAGAAAAAGAAUUGACAUUUGCCGGACAUUGUAGAAACUAUUCCAGUGUGCUGAGAGAAAUCUUAGGAAUGAGAAAGCAAGAUUUUAAAAAUGCAGAGUUGCUGGAUGGUCUGGUAGUUAUAAACAAGAUGCCGUGAAAUAAUUUUCUACCUGCAAUAGGCCAUAGCUACUAAACUUUGGACAUAAAAACUGGCUUUUUUAUGCUGUGACGUCAUGAAACCAAUUUGUAUAACUGCCAAGACCAACAGCAAUGGUUGAUAAGGUAUUUGUUGUCUCUUUAGCAAAGGGAAACAGCACAACUGAAAUGGCCCGUAUGAACAUAAAGGAUUAAUUGGAACUCUCAACAUUUACUCAGGUGUAGGUGGUAGGGUUUUCACAGUUCCAGCUCCUUGAAGUUGUCAAGGGGAAGAUAAAGAAUAGUGCUGGUACACUAGAUUAAUUUUUGGUGUUACAGAAAGUACUUGAAUCCUUCACUGGUGGAACACUGAUUUCCAACAUAGAUUAUUUAUGGAUCUCUUAUCCAAAUCACCAAUAAAAUUAAGAUAUUGUUAUCUUGAUGACUGUUUUUCAGAGUAUAUUUUAUGCAUCUAUUUAAUAUGUCAGAGUAAACCCAGCUACCUGUAAUUAUUAGUGCCUCAUCUGAUAUUUCACAGAAUUGCUCAUCAACACUUCACUGGGUGGAGUGUUAGAAAUUGUUGCUUAUGCUACAAAAUAAACUGUUACUGUGAAAGAGAAAUGUCACAUUUUCUUGAACCCUUCUCUGCAUUUGUAACUAACUUUUUUAUAUGGUAUUUGCAGAAUUUUCUACAAGCAAUUAACUGUCUGCUAUGCCACUUUUAAAGAUCUGAUGAAAAAAUUCUAAGACAUUUGUGCUGCCUUCUUGUUAGAACUUGUUGGAUUCAUAUGAUGAAUUGGACUCAACACUGUCCGGAUUAAAUCCCAAAGUAUAUUGCCCAUUUUUCAUAUUCAGGGCAUGAAUCUACUUCCAACAUUGGACAGUUCUCGAAGUUAUCAGCUUUUCGUUACCUUGGAAAUGAAGGAAGAUUGGGGCAUACAGUGAUUCGGCAUUUCAGUAAUUCUCUGUCUGUGGACAUUAAUAGUGCUCUUGGUCAGUAAGAUUUUGCUCAAGAAUAUGGGAUUCAACAUCUUUUGGGACAGCAGCAAUGUAUACAUGUAUGAAUUCCAGUAAUGAAGAUAACACUGUAAGCUAUUAAAGCAUGUUAUUAGAGGAAACAAUAAAGAGUUGUGUCAGUUGACAUACA